CAGGAAACCCAUGAUCUCUGUUGCUUCCACUUUGGAAAAUGAGUGUGUGGACUUCCUUCCUCAUGAAACGCCUUUACAAUGGACCUGAAACUGAAAAAGUCUGAAACUGAAAUGAAUCAAGUGAAAGCACAAUGAACUCAGUGUGCUCCAGUCGUGAAUUUAACGCCUUGUGCUAAAAACUAUUUGUAGUCUUUUUACAAACCAUCUGAGGAAUGUUCGAGGACAUGCUCAUGACACACGAUGCCAAAAAUUCUUCUCGACGGAUGUUUGUUCAUACCAUUCUGGUCUUGGCGUGUCAUCUCCAAGUGUGUGUGAGCGAGUGUGCGCCUGCAGUGUUAGCGAGCCGUAGGAACCUGUACAAACCCGAAGGGCAAAGCAUAUCUCUGUGGUGUGACGUCCUGCACUGUGGACAGAAAUGGACAGGAGGAUGGGGGAUCAGACGAGGACAUUUCAUUUUCCUCACCGCAUCUCCACGAGUCCACCUGUACAACGAAACCAUCACAUACAAUACCACGCGCCUCUUCCUCGACAUCCAAAACCUCAACCAAUCAGAUUCUGGGGCGUACCAAUGCAUCAUCAAGUGGGAGGACAGCAACAGUCUGGGUCAUGUCAUACAGGUCAACGUGACUGCAGGUAGCAUUGAUCACUUCAUGCCUGAACCCACAGGGAGGAAACUUUCUUACAGGUUGUUGGUUUGUGGUGCAGCCAGUCUGUGUUUUCCUCUGGCUCUCGCUCUGGCCUGCUGUUUCUCCCGCCGGCCUGCACCUCCGGUCCCUCCUCCACGCUCCCGAAACAGCUCCACAGCUCGGGUCAAACCAAAAGCUGAUGUGGUGUAUGCGGUUGUGGCUAGGGAUCGUCCAAGACAGCAGAGAACAACUCAAGCAAGGACGGCCAGUACGGCAGUGCUUUACUCCACUGUGAACUUCUCCAACGCUUAAUCCUCACAGGAGGACGUCUGGUGUUUUGAACACUUUCUAAACGCUUUCACGCUGUGAUUAAGGGGUUAUUCUCAGUAACUCAGGAUAAAAUAACGACUCUACUGGAAAACAUCCUUAGAAAGCGAACGGAAAAUGAUCGAUCAGAAUUAAGAAUCUCACGGCAAGACUGUAGAAAUGAAAUGAAUACUUUAGCUUAAAAUGAAAUGUACAGUUUGCCCACUUACCACAGUGCAGCUGAUCAGCCAAAACAUUUACGCUCCUGUUUUGCUGUAUUUAGCUAUAAGGCUAAUGUGACUAGCAAGUAAUAAAAGCUUAAGGCUACCAGUUUAACAUUACGCGAAUUGCCUCAAGAUUAUCUCAAUCAGACUAAUGUGAUUUCCAGCACUGUAUGACACAGAUAUAUAUGUUGUUACUGAGUCAAAUGUGUGAUGACUGAUAUAGUUUGCACCAUGCUAAUCACGCUAGCCGUACACUUACAUCUCACACUGUAGCUACAUUGGCCUCUGAAGAUGCAAAUAUCAGACACCAAAUACUGAAUUAUUGACGGUACAAUUGGAAAAAUAUUUUUCAAUUUUACUUUUGGCUAAACUAUUCAUUUAAACACACGGCUCAUUGGCCGAUUGCUUUAAAGGACGUAAAUCGCUAGCUAAUUGUUUUGCCCUCUUAAUUGUUUCUUACAAACCAGUUGAAAACAUGGUUAGGAUCACAUCUGUAUUAUAAUUGUUUUUUAUUAUUAUUAUUACCUGACUGUAAAAUGUGAAAAUGUGUAAAUAAAUGCAAUACAAUGUAAAAAUAAAAAGGGCUCAAAACACUAAGUUGCUAUUUUUUCCAUAGCAUAUAUUUUUUUAACAGUAGCUGCGCUGGCUGAGAGAGCCGGCUGCACUCGUAUCGCUAUCGCGGUACGUCGAUGCCAUACGUCACAGCGACGUGGCGUCGGCGCCGUCUCAAGUCGGACAAAAAUUCUAACCGGCAUGCACUGCUUCAAGUCAGAAGUCGAUCGUUCUGCCAACGCCGCAUGAAGUCAAACAUAGACUUUUCUCAACUUUGUCGCAUCGCUGGACACGCCCACAUCUAGCCACCAACGGUCGCUGUCAGUCAUGUCACUGGAAGUCAGCAGCACUCAUUGAAAAUGAAUGGUCGCCAUUCACUUUGUCACUGUAUUUGUGA